GGCCCUUGCCCCGCCCCUCCGGCAAGCCCCUCCAUUUUAAAAACACAAUGUUGAGAACAGAGGGGUAGUUUACCCCGAAGCAGUGGGGCCUUCGCUCGGCCAUUCGCUCCUUGAGUCCUCGGGGACUCGCUGAGCACAGGAAUAGAGAGAGAGACUAGAGCGGUGAGGGAGGCUGGAACGAAUCCUCCGCGGAACCAUCGAAGCGAGGCCUCUGGGAGCACGUGGAGGAACGGACCGCGGCGGGUCAGGCCAGACUCUCGGGAAUGGCGGCGGAGGCGGCCAACGCGGGGCCGGGGGCGGCCAUCCCCGUGGAUCUGCAGCGCGAGCGGCGCAUGGUGUGUGUGGAGUACCCGGGCCUGGUGCGCGACGUGUCCAAGAUGCUGCAGACCCUGGGCGGCGAGGAAGGCGUCUCUCGGAUCUACGCAGACCCCACCAAGCGGCUGGAGCUGUACUUCCGGCCCAAGGACCCCUACUGCCACCCCGUGUGUGCCAACCGCUUCGGUACCAGCAGCCUGCUGCUCCGGGUCAGAAGGAAGGCCAGGCGGCAGGAGGGGGUGCCGGGGCCUGAGGCCCACCCCGAGGUCACGUUCAACGUGGAGACUGUUGGCAUCGUCUCCACCGUUUACAAAUUCCAAGGAAUGUCGGACUUCCAGUACCUGGCUGUGCACACGGAGGGCGGCAGGCACAUGUCGAUGUACGACCGGGUGCUCAUGCUCCGUCCGGAGAAGGAGGCCUUCUUCCAUCAGGAGCUGCCGCUGUACAUCCCCCCGCCCAUCUUCUCGCGGCUGGACACCCCGGCGGACUACUUCUACCGGCCGGAGACGCACCACCGGGAAGGCUACAACAACCCCCCGGUCACAGGAGAGAACCUCAUCGGCCUGAGCAGGGCCCGGCGCCUGCACAACGCCGUCUUCGUCAACUUCGAGGACGACGAGGUGCCCGUGCAGCCGCUGGAGCCCGCCGUGCAGACGUGGCGGCGGCUCUGCACCAACCCCGUGGACCAGAAGGUGGAGGAGGAGCUGAGGGAGCUGUUCGCCAUCCGUCCCGUCUGGUCCCGCAACGCCGUCAGGGCCAAAAUCAGCGUCCACCCCGACAAGCUCAAGGUCUUGCUGCCCUUCAUGGCCUAUUACAUGAUCACGGGCCCCUGGAGAAGCCUGUGGAUUCGGUUUGGGUACGACCCGCGAAAACACCCGGAGGCCAAGAUCUACCAAGUCCUUGAUUUCCGAAUCCGCUGUGGAGUGAAACACGGCUACGCCCACAACGACAUGCCCGUGAAGGCCAAGCGCAGCACCUACAACUACAGCCUCCCGAUCACCGUCAAGAAGACGCCCAGCCAGGUCGCCACCAUGCAGGACCUGAAGCAGGGCCUGGGCCCAGCGGGGACGGCCGGCCUGCGGAAGUCGAACUCCAACAAGUACAAGCUCAAGGACUCGGUCUACAUCUUCCGGGAGAACGCCCUGCCGCCCUACCGACAGAUGUUCUACCAGCUGUGCGACCUGGACGUGGGCGAGUUGCAGAAGAUCAUCCACCGCAAUGACGGCGCCGAGGAGACCUGCACGGAGCGGGACGGGUGGUGCCUCCCCAAGACCAGCGACGACCUGCGCAACGCCAUGUCCCUGCUCAUCCGGCAGACCAUCCGCGCCCAGAGGCCCGCUCUCUUCUCCAGCCCAGCCAAGGCGGACGGCGACGGGGGGAAAGAGCCGGCAACCGGCGAGUCCGGGGAGGAGGAGGACGAUGAUGAGGAGGAUGAGGAGGAGGAAGAGGAGGACUUCAAGCCGUCGGACGGGAGCGAGAAUGAGAUGGAGACGGAGAUGCUGGACUACGUGUGACGUGGCCGUGGGCCCCCCGACCCGGCGGCAGCCCCCCCUCAGGCCCACGGGUCUAGGGCGGCCCAUGAGCCCUCUCUGAGGAGAGCUGGGAUCCCAGCACUGGCCGCAGCUGACCCCGGUCCUGCCUGUGACCUGCUGCUCCGGGCUGCCCCCCGCCCUGGCUGCUGGGGACAUUCCUGAAGGCUGUGCCCAGCCCCCUGUCCGUGAGCCAGUCCAGGUCCGGCUGGCUGAGACCCACAAGGGCUGGGGGUGGGGAUGCGCUAGGGGUGGGGUUGGGGGUUGGGCUCAGCCCGGUCUCAGGACGAUGGGGGACAGCAGGGGAGCCUGGCCCACGGCUGCAGGUGGUGGGAGGCCUCCUUGAGUCUGGGUCCACCCUCCUCAGGGGCCCGGCAACGACUGGGACACUGGGACUGCCCUCAUUAAAGACAUCUCCCCGGAGACUGGGUGUUGGAGCUCGUGUUGGGGGCCCGGGCUCCUGCUGCUGGGCACCAUCUGCCCUCCCAACACAGCCUCAGUGACCCCACGGGGCAGUGCUGGGACCGUCGGGAACAGGCCCGAUGACCCUCGCCGGAGAGCAGCAGCCCCGGGGCCCGCAGCGCUGGGCACCGGCCUUGCGGAGAGGUCGGCCGGCGGCCCUUCCCAAAGGCCAGCGGCCCCAGGCCCAGCGCUCCUGUCCAAGGCCUCCCUCUUCACUGCACAUCUCUGCGGGGGCUCCCCACUUCUGAGCUGUGCCCCGAACCUCAGAGGCAGAGGAUGUGGGCUCUCGUCCCCACCUCCCAGGAGCCGCCGGGGUCCCUGUGCAAGCCUGAGGAGGGCAGGGCCGGGGCCUCCCAGCACCCCCUCUGCCACCUUGUGCACAGUAUGUGGUGAGUCUCGGUCAGAGACUGGGGUUUGUACUUACACCCCCGUUUUGUAAAAAGCUUGUUGUGGAGAACGCCGAACGGCCGCAGAAAUCCUGAGUGUCAUGGGACUUCCCAGUGCGAGGCCCCAGCAUCACUGUUUUAUCAGCCUUGUCGCCUCUGUCCUCAGAGUUGGGGUUCCUAUUCCUGUCUUCCUGGAACUCCCUUAAGGACAGACCCCGCCCCACAGGAGGAACCUAGCGUGUCAGGACCGCUGCGGCCGCACCUGACGCUCUGGCUGCCCUUCAGGUUCCCAGGGGCGUGAGGGGCGUGGCCUUGACCCACAGGUGCGGGUGGGGCCUUCAGACGCCCUGAUGUCUGCCUGGACCACCUCCUCAUCGGACUCCUCAUUGAGUCCUUUCUGGGAAGGACUCUUCCCCCAGCACCUCCGGGUGUCAGGCUUCCCCGAAGCCACUGGGACCAGCAGAGCGGGAAAACGCCUGCUCCCCGGCCGCCUCUCGGAAGGAGGACUUGGUGCCCCGCCAAUGGCCACUGGUGAUGGUGGACGUGGGGGGAGGCUUUUUUGGUUUUGUUCUUUGUUAACGUUUCUAAUAAACUCUUAAAU